AUGGGGCAGAUCCAGCUGACUGGAGAGAAAGCUCCAAGUGAAGACAGCAAGCUGCAAGAAGUUCCAGCAGGUAUGCGUAGAGUCCUGGAUGGCAGUGAUAAUAUUCCCCGGCCACCUGAUCAUCCAAUGGGCCAGCCGGCCAGCUACACUCUGCUUGUCGCCCGCCUGCCGGCUGGCCAGCUGCAUUUUAACGAUGUAUCAACCUCCGAGCAGCCCGAGGGGGCUGGUGCCUCCCCAGCCGAGCAGCCAGAGUGGACUGUUGCCUCACCAGCCGAGCAGCCAGAGGGGGCUGGUGCCUCUCCAGAGGAGCAGCCAGAGGGGGCUGGUGCCUCUCCAGAGGAGCAGCCACAGGGGGCUGGUGCCUCUCCAGAGGAGCAGCCACAGGGGGCUGGUGCCUCUCCAGAGGAGCAGCCACAGGGGGCUGGUGCCUCUCCAGAGGAGCAGCCACAGGGGGCUGGUGCCUCUCCAGAGGAGCAGCCACAGGGGGCUGGUGCCUCUCCAGAGGAGCAGCCACAGGGGGCUGGUGCCUCUCCAGAGGAGCAGCCACAGGGGGCUGGUGCCUCUCCAGAGGAGCAGCCACAGGGGGCUGGUGCCUCUCCAGAGGAGCAGCCACAGGGGGCUGGUGCCUCUCCAGAGGAGCAGCCACAGGGGGCUGGUGCCUCUCCAGAGGAGCAGCCACAGGGGGCUGGUGCCUCUCCAGAGGAGCAGCCACAGGGGGCUGGUGCCUCUCCAGAGGAGCAGCCACAGGGGGCUGGUGCCUCUCCAGAGGAGCAGCCACAGGGGGCUGGUGUCUCUCCAGAGGAGCAGCCACAGGGGGCUGGUGCCUCUCCAGAGGAGCAGCCACAGGGGGCUGGUGCCUCUCCAGAGGAGCAGCCACAGGGGGCUGGUGCCUCUCCAGAGGAGCAGCCACAGGGGCCUGGUGCCUCUCCAGAGGAGCAGCCACAGGGGCCUGGUGCCUCUCCAGAGGAGCAGCCACAGGGGCCUGGUGCCUCUCCAGAGGAGCAGCCACAGGGGCCUGGUGCCUCUCCAGAGGAGCAGCCACAGGGGCCUGGUGCCUCUCCAGAGGAGCAGCCACAGGGGCCUGGUGCCUCUCCAGAGGAGCAGCCACAGGGGCCUGGUGCCUCUCCAGAGGAGCAGCCACAGGGGCCUGGUGCCUCUCCAGAGGAGCAGCCACAGGGGCCUGGUGCCUCUCCAGAGGAGCAGCCACAGGGGGCUGGUGCCUCUCCAGAGGAGCAGCCACAGGGGGCUGGUGCCUCUCCAGAGGAGCAGCCACAGGGGGCUGGUGCCUCAACAGAGGAGCAGCCACAGGGGGCUGGUGCCUCUCCAGAGGAGCAGCCACAGGGGGUUGGUGCCUUUCCAGAGGAGCAGCCACAGGGGGCUGGUGCCUCUCCAGCCGAGCAGCCAGAGGGGGCUGGUGCCUCUCCAGAGGAGCAGCCACAGGGGGCUGGUGCCUCUCCAGAGGAGCAGCCACAGGGGGCUGGUGCCUCUCCAGAGGAGCAGCCACAGGGGGCUGGUGCCUCUCCAGAGGAGCAGCCACAGGGGGCUGGUGCCUCUCCAGAGGAGCAGCCACAGGGGGCUGGUGCCUCUCCAGAGGAGCAGCCACAGGGGGCUGGUGCCUCUCCAGAGGAGCAGCCACAGGGGGCUGGUGCCUCUCCAGAGGAGCAGCCACAGGGGGCUGGUGCCUCUCCAGAGGAGCAGCCACAGGGGGCUGGUGCCUCUCCUGAGGAGCAGCCACAGGGGGCUGGUGCCUCUCCAGAGGAGCAGCCACAGGGGGCUGGUGCCUCUCCAGAGGAGCAGCCACAGGGGGCUGGUGCCUCUCCAGAGGAGCAGCCACAGGGGGCUGGUGCCUCUCCAGAGGAGCAGCCACAGGGGCCUGGUGCCUCUCCAGAGGAGCAGCCACAGGGGCCUGGUGCCUCUCCAGAGGAGCAGCCACAGGGGCCUGGUGCCUCUCCAGAGGAGCAGCCACAGGGGCCUGGUGCCUCUCCAGAGGAGCAGCCACAGGGGCCUGGUGCCUCUCCAGAGGAGCAGCCACAGGGGGCUGGUGCCUCUCCAGAGGAGCAGCCACAGGGGGCUGGUGCCUCUCCAGAGGAGCAGCCACAGGGGGCUGGUGCCUCUCCAGAGGAGCAGCCACAGGGGGCUGGUGCCUCUCCAGAGGAGCAGCCACAGGGGGCUGGUGCCUCUCCAGAGGAGCAGCCACAGGGGGCUGGUGCCUCUCCAGAGGAGCAGCCACAGGGGGCUGGUGCCUCUCCAGAGGAGCAGCCACAGGGGGCUGGUGCCUCUCCAGAGGAGCAGCCACAGGGGGCUGGUGCCUCUCCAGAGGAGCAGCCACAGGGGGCUGGUGCCUCAACAGAGGAGCAGCCACAGGGGGCUGGUGCCUCUCCAGAGGAGCAGCCACAGGGGGUUGGUGCCUUUCCAGAGGAGCAGCCACAGGGGGCUGGUGACUCUCCAGCCGAGCAGCCAGAGGGGGCUGGUGCCUCUCCAGCCGAGCAGCCAGAGGGGGCUGGUGCCUCUCCAGCCGAGCAGCCAGAGGGGGCUGGUGCCUCUCCAGCCGAGCAGCUAGAGGGGGCUGUCAUAAUACAGUGCCGUGCACCAAGCCCAUCUGAUGCAGUCAUAAUACAGUGCCGUGCACCAAGCCCAUCUGAUGCAGUCAUAAUACAGUGCCGUCCACCAAGCCCAUCUGGUGCAGUCAUAAUACAGUGCCGUCCACCAAGCCCAUCUGGUGCAGUCAUAAUACAGUGCCGUCCACCAAGCCCAUCUGGUGCAGUCAUAAUACAGUGCCGUCCACCAAGCCCAUCUGGUGCAGUCAUAAUACAGUGCCGUCCACCAAGCCCAUCUGGUGCAGUCAUAAUACAGUGCCGUCCACCAAGCCCAUCUGGUGCAGUCAUAAUACAGUGCCGUCCGCCAGGCCCAUCAGGUGCAGUCAUAAUACAGUGCCGUCCGCUAGGCCCAUCAGGUGCGGUUGAAAGGCAACAAUGUCAGCCAGGCCCGGGAGGCGGUGCGUUAGGCCAGGCCCAUCGAGUGCGGCCGGGAGGCGGUGCGUUCGGCCAGGCCCAUCGAGUGCGGCCGUGA